GAGGAGCGGUAUUUCGUCGCGUGACGCUGUGGCGUACGCAUCGAUCGAUCCGCGCUCGACAGGACCGAACAGCAAGAGACGUAGGGUGGAUCGCAUCAUCGCGCAAUAAUAUAUAUCGCGGGGCCGAAAAUCAAUCCCUCUCCCUGAACGUCGUUCCAUCCGCAAGAGUAAUCGCCGAGGCGAGAAGAAGGCGGAGAAGUCGACGUCGAAAGCCGGCCGCGAGAUGCUGAAGAAAUUACUCGGCAAGUCCGGCCGCAGGAUCCUGCGGGCGAUCAAAAAGCUGUCCACCAAGAGUCGCAAGGCCAAGAAAUCGUGCAAUCCUAGUUCCUGGCACACGGCCAUCCCGGACCUCGAGACGACCUCGCUCUCGUGGUCCCUGCCAUCCUUGGACGCCAAGAGCAUCGACACGUACAUGACGUACGUCGCCGAGAACCAGGAGGACUGCACGUCGAGUUGUUGCUGCUGCGACGAGUACGAGGAGAACCAGAGGAACGAGAACAGAGAAAACGAGAUGAUAAUCUAACGUCCGUGUCGUUAAGCGACAUGGCUCGCUCGUUUUGUCUCUCGGUCAAAUUCGCCGGCGAAUUCGUGCCGCCUCCGAAAGGGUGGCUAGAAGAUGAGAAUCGCAAAGGCUGAUUCCUAACGAUAUUUAACCCUUAACCAGUGAGUAUCUGUUAUUUCUUUUCUCGGCAGAAUUGUUUUCGUUGGUUGCAACUAAUUGCAAAGCGACACCAAAGACUUUUCGAGAGCGUACAAUAUAAUCAGUUAAGGGUUAAACACGAUCCCUCCGUAAUCCGUUCCACGCACAGAGAGCAUUUUGCUCUCUUUUAUUUUUCGAGAUGUAUCAUCGAGAUGAGAGAGAGAGAGAGAAAGAGAGAAAAGAUAUCUUGGAUUAAAUAUAAUCCUCGUAUCAGACGAUUUUUGCAGCGUAUUAUCGCGAGAUAAGAAUGCGAAGAAGAGGUAAAAUGGUUUAUUUCUAAUUAGUCUUCCAAUCUAGAUUUAUCGACUUACUCUUUUUUAGUUUGCGUUUUUACGCUCAUUUUGAUCUCAUCUUAUAUAAUAUGGUCUCAUUUAAUUUCACCAGAUGCAUUUAUUUAUUGUCACACAUAUUCGUCUCGUUAUAAUUACAAUAGCUUGCAAUUAGCUACACGAAGAGAAUUUUCUCUUAAAAUUUAUCCUGAAAAUCAUAGUAAAUGU